UUCCGGUCGCUGUGGCCGCGGGCGGGCGGUGAGUCUGGAGCAGGCGCGCAGUCGGUGCUCCGGCUCUGUGCUUCCCCCGCUCAGCGUGACUACCGCUUGCUGCAGCUCUGGGCUGGGGGGCCGCGCUGCCCCAGACUCCCCUCCGGGCGAUGGUGCGGCCUGAGGACGCCUCCAUCCCCCACCGACGCUGACUCGGGUCCCCCAAUCCAUGGCCGCCUCGGCGCCGCCCCCACCGGACAAGCUGGAGGGAGGCAGCGGCCCCGCCCCGCCCCCCGCGCCGCCCAGCACCGGGAGGAAGCAGGGCAAGGCCGUAAGCAAGUGUACGUGGAAUUUAGAGUCUGGAGAGUGGCUGGGAGGAAGGAGACUGUAGAGACCUCAGGAAAACUUGCCUCCGUCUGCCUAUUGCUGCUCUUCCAGGUCUGCAAAUGAAGAGCCCUGAAAAGAAGCGCAGAAAGUCCAACACUCAGGGUCCAGCAUACUCACAUCUGACGGAGUUUGCACCACCGCCAACUCCAAUGGUGGAUCAUCUGGUCGCAUCUAACCCCUUUGAGGAUGACUUCGGAGCCCCUAAGGUGGGGGGUGCAGGCCCUCCAUUCCUUGGCAGUCCUGUGCCCUUUGGAGGCUUUCGUGUGCAGGGAGGCAUGGCAGGCCAGGUGCCCCCAGGUUAUGGCACUGGAGGAGGGGGUCCACAGCCACUUCGCCGACAGCCCCCUCCUUUCCCUCCCAACCCUAUGGGCCCGGCUUUUAAUAUGCCUCCUCAGGGCCCUGGCUAUCCGCCCCCAGGCAACAUGAACUUUCCCAGUCAACCCUUCAACCAGUCUCUGGGCCAAAACUUUAGCCCGCCUGGUGGGCAGAUGAUGCCAGGCCCAGUGGGGGGGUUUGGUCCCAUGAUCUCGCCCACCAUGGGACAGCCUCCCAGAGGGGAGCUGGGUCCUCCUCCUCUCCCUCAACGUUUUACCCAGCCAGGAGCACCUUUUGGACCUUCUCUUCAGAGACCUGGACAGGGACUCCCCAGCCUGCCUCCCAACACAAGCCCCUUCCCUGGUCCAGACUCUGGUUUUCCUGGCCCUGGUGGCGAGGAUGGGGGAAAGCCCUUGAACCCACCUGCCCCCACUGCUUUUCCCCAGGAGCCCCACUCAGGCUCCCCAGCUGCUGCCGUGAAUGGGAACCAGCCUAGUUUCCCCCCAAGCAGCAGUGGUCGAGGUGGGGGCACUCCAGAUGCCAAUAGCCUGGCGCCCCCUGGCAAGGCAGGCGGAGGCUCAGGGCCUCAGCCUCCCCCAGGCCUGGUGUACCCUUGUGGUGCCUGUCGGAGCGAAGUGAACGAUGACCAGGAUGCCAUUUUGUGUGAGGCUUCCUGCCAGAAGUGGUUUCACCGCGAGUGCACCGGCAUGACAGAGAGUGCCUACGGCCUGCUAACCACCGAGGCCUCUGCCGUCUGGGCCUGUGACCUCUGCCUCAAGACCAAGGAGAUCCAGUCUGUCUACAUCCGAGAGGGCAUGGGGCAGUUGGUGGCUGCUAACGAUGGGUGACUCCUGGUGCACAAUGGCCCGGGGAAGCACACAUUUCCCACCACGCUCUUGCAGAGUGAUUCUGUGGCU